UCCCCUCUUCCUUGUGUUGCUCUUUCUCGGAGCCAUACCGACAACUAAAACUAUUUCGGGGAUGCACGUCGACGACACUUUACAGCGUGCGUCCAGAACUGUUAUUAUCAGUGGGCGGUUGCUCAGUUUCGAUACAAAGUUGUAACCGUCCGAAAAUCUGGUUUAGUGGUGCAGCCAGUCAGCGAGCGUUUUCCAGCAGGCUGCCUGCCUAGAGACGCUUCGUGCUGAGAUGCAAAAUGGCCGCCCGUCAACUGACUGACUCUACUGCGCUUUGAAAUUAAAUGCACUCUGCACACUGAAGACGAGCAACGAUAGUACUUUUCAACAGUCCAGUAGCGUUAUAUUCUAUACUUGACUUUCGCUCAGGCGCUUCUAUUCCUGUAGCAUCGACGAAUGCCUCUAAAAGCUAAAAGAAAUCGCACUGAAGCACUUUAGCUAAGCUAGCUCGCUAGCUUUACUUCAUAUGUGAUUCCAGAGAGUAAGAGUGUUGGGACUGGAGCAGUAGUUCAUGGAAGACAAGAAAAGGAAAAAAGACGAAAAAAGGAAAAGGGAAGCCCCUCAGAAGGUUACUGAGCAAAAAAACAAAGUGCUUGACAUAACAAAGUCGGCUGCUGCCCAGCCUCCUUCUGUUCAGAGCAGCUCUGCCUCCCCCAGCCCUGGACCCACCCCCUCUCCUUCACCAUCCCCAGCCCCCACUGGCCCUGGCAGUGCUGCCACCCAAUUACAGGGUGGCAACAAUGCCAAGCGCCUUGCAGUGGCCAACGGACAACCCACCCCCACGACCAGUUCUUCCUCAAUCGCUGGCAACUCAAGUGCAAACGGGAGUGCAGGUAGUGGAGGCGGAGCUCAGGCACCUCAACAGCAACCCCGUUACAUGCCGAGAGAAGUGCCGCCACGUUUCCGCUGCCAGCAGGACCAUAAAGUGCUACUGAAAAGGGGUCAGCCGCCACUGUCCUCUAUGCUGCUGGGAGGGGGAGGAGGAGGUGAAGGCCCGAAUGCAAACCUGGUUGUUGUCUCAGAUUGUGGUUCAGCUGCCUCCUCAUUGGCCCCCACCUCAUCAGUUGCUGCUUCUACUACUACUUCUAAUUAUGCAAAUUCAAUGUGGGGGGCCAGCUCUGGCAGCCAAGCCUCCUCUCAGGGCCGAGAGAAGGUGAUUGUUGAUGGAAAUGAUCUAGAAGAGUGGCCUAGCAUCGCUGGCAACGAUUCGGUAGGAGCUCCUUUUACCAUGGCUGGUGGCGGAAGCAGCAACAACGGAAUGCCUGUGAACAGCGUCAGUGCCUCUGGCAACCAAUCCUCACCCACUUCCUUGUUUUCAUCGCCCAAUGAAUGUAUACAGUCGUCCAACAGUGUGGCAUGGGGGACGACUGCCUCCCAGGGUCACCUUGGUGGGGGUAAUGCAGUAGCUGUUGCCGGGUCUCUGCUACAGCAAUCCUCCUCACUUUCCAAAGCCUCCGCUGUGCCAGGGAGCCAUGAUGCCAGUGGCCCUGCUGUCAGCAGCAGCGGGAUUCCAGGUGCCAACUUCCAUCCAAAUGCCAACCCUUCGGCCUGGCCUGCCUUGGUGCAGCAGAAUGGGCCUCCUGCUGCACCAGAAGGUCAGUCUUCUUUUAAACAACCAGGCACUGCAGGACCUGCCAACAACUCUGCUUCCUUGAGACUUGGGGCUGGAGCAGGUGGAGUUCCGGGUGGUCAUCCUCCAUUAUCUGUGAAUCAAUCAAGCACUCAUCAGCACCAACUCCACCAAAUUCAAUCCAGAGAAAGGGGGGUGGAAGUGGGAAAAUGGGAUAGUGAAUCAGCUGGACCAAAAAUUGCAGGGGGUGGAGCUGUCGAGAGUGGAAUGGACUGUGCAGGUGGAGAAGGUCGGGAAAAUGUCAGUGACCACAGUCAUGCCUCUUCAUGGAGAAACCAAACUUCUUACCCUGCAGCUAGCUCCAAAGCAGGUGCCUCAAGGACUGAUGGAUGGGAAAGUGGGGAAUGUGGAUUUGGAGCUGCAGAAGAGGAUAAUGGAACCUCGGCUUGGGGUUAUCCUUCUUCAACAACUGGAGUUAAUUCUUGGAGUAGUGCUGGAACUGGGGGUAAUUCUAGUCAAACCUCUAGGGAAUCUCAGGGAGCGUGGGGGUCAUCAGGGGUUGUUGGAGAAAGAGUGGUGCCUAGUGGUGAUUGGGGUGGGGGUUGUAGUACUAGUCGGUCCACACCUGGAGGAGAGGAAAUAGAGGGAAUUUGCAGUAGCAACAGCAGCAGUUGUGGAGACAGUGCAUCUGGUAUUCCUCCUGGUACCUCAACUUCAGCAUCCUCCAGUAUGACCAGAGCAUGGGACAAUCAGAAGGGAGAGGCGGAAAUGGGGGAAUGGGGAGUGGCCACGGGGGCACAGGAAACUCGGGCGAAUUCUUCAUCUAGUGGUGGAAAUUCCAAAAGUGGGUCUAGUGGUGGUCAGUCACGUCCUCGCCGCCAAGCAUCUAAUACUGAAGCCGCCUUACAAAACCUGUUAAGUCGUCCUGAUCUGGACCCUCGAGUUUUAUCUAACACAGGCUGGGGACAGACGCAGAUAAGGCAAAACACCUCUUGGGAUAUGGAAGAACAAGGAAAGAAUAAAAGUGCUCCACAAUCAGCUACAUCAAAACAGCCUCAGUCUAUUAGUGGUUACUCUCAGUAUUCUGGUGGUUCCAGAAAUCCUGUGUGUGAUUCUAUUGGUGGAGGGCUAAUUCCUUCCACAGUUCCUUCAGUGGUGUCUUCUGGGGAAGGGUGGGAAAGUAGCAGCAACAGUAGCAGCAGUGGGGCCUCAACUUCAGGAAGAGCCCCAACUUCUUCCGUUUCCAGCAUGCGGAAUAUUGGCAUUUCACAACCUGGGACAUCAUGUGCUAUUCCAGGGCAUGUCCAACAGGGGCGAUCAAUGGGGUGGAGUGGUGCUGGGUCAAGGGAUAGUCAGGAGGCCAAAAGUUGGGCAAAUGAAGAAUGGAGAAAUGCUCGGGGUGGAAAUGGAGGAGGAUGGGGUGAUCUUGGACAACAAGGUGAACCAACCAGUGGUGGCUGGACAGGAAGCAAAGAGGACAAAGGUACAGGUGCCUGGAAAGAUUUGGGUGGAGAUGGAGGACGUGGAUGGGGAUCAGGGCAGAAUGUUGGGGGAGGUAGGGACUGGCGGGAGGAAGAAUCCAAAUCAACUAGCAGUGUUGUAGGGUGGGAAGAAGACAGGAAAAACAGUGGAGGCAACUCAGGAGGAGAUUCUGCUGUGGGUGAUUGGGGAAGCUGGGAUCAGGGAGCCUCAAGGAGAACCAUGGGCACUGGGGAAGCAAGUGGUGGAGGAGCGGUGGGUGCUGGUGGAGGAAUGGGAGGCCAUUCAAAUUGGAGUGGUGGAAACAAAAACAAUCAGAUGCCAAACAGCCAGUCAGGUUCCGUCACAGGCCUACAGGCACAACUGCAACAGCAACAAUCACAGUCCUGCAAUCACCCUCCACAGCAAGCGUUGGACCAAGAGAACAUGCAAGUGGGUGUGGGCAGAAAACCCAUCUCACAAGCCCAAAACCAAAGCUCAGGCUGGACCUCCGGACCCAUUCCUGGUUGUCCUCCUGGUGGUUUAAGUGGAUCAGAAGCGAGUGGUUGGGAGGAACCCUCCCCACAAUCUAUAAGCCGGAAAAAUGAGAUUGAUGAUGGGACGUCAGCAUGGGGAGACCCAACAAAUUACAACUAUAGGCCAGUGAAUUUAUGGGACAAGAACAGCGCACAUGCUGUUCAGCAACCACAACCUCAAAGUCAAGCGCAACAGUCGGGUCCUGCAAUACGCCAACAGCCCAAUCGGCAGGUUGCAACUAACAGGGACCUGAACGCUGGCCAUGGACCUGGGACCACAGCAUCAAUGGGUUCAACUGGUUGGGGUGCAACAUCUUCUGUAAGUCCAAAUUUAGACAAUGGCACCGCAGCAUGGGGAAAACCGACUGAUGCCCCAUCUGGUUGGGGAGACCCUGAUGAAGCAACAGGGAAGUCGACUGGCUGGGGGAACCCCCCUCCUAACCCCAUUAAGUCUGGAUCAAAGUCUAUGCAAGAUGGCUGGGGAGACAAAGAGGGCUCUGUGGCUGCCUCACGCCACUCAAGCUGGGAGGAGGAUGAUGACGGCGGGGGCAUGUGGAACAGCACUGGCUCUCAGGGAAGUGGAUCAUCUUGGGGGCAGGGUAGCAAUGGAGGCUGGGGCCAGAGUCACACCAGCAAGAAACCAAUUAAUAAGGGUCCACUCAAGACUGGUGGUGGGGAUUCAUGGAUGAGUCCCAUCAACAGGCAGUUCUCGAAUAUGGGCUUAAUGAACGAUGAUUCUCCUAGCCAAAACAUGGACCUUACUCCAGGAGCUCUCCAGGAUAAGAGGUUGGAUAUGGACAAAAGAGGCUUGGUUAUGAUGGAUUAUAAUGGAGACAUAAGGAAAGCAGCGAGAGGAGGAGGGGGAAUGACUUAUCGAUCCCCUGUUCCCAGAGAGGCCACACCCAUGGAUGCUGGUUCUUACUAUGACAAGACCUUGACUUUGAACAAUCAGGAUGGUUGCUCCGGGGAAGAGGGUCUCUGUUCUCUGUACUCACCACCCACUGCCCAUAAGCCCCCUUCCCUAUUCAACCACUCUAUCCCCUUUAGACAAGGUGGCCACAGUAUCUUUAGCAGUAGUGGAGGGGUGGCACAAUCAAGACACCAGCCAAACGUUGCACCCAUUAACCAGUCACCAGGGAUUCGAGCGCAACUGCCUCAUCAGUUCCUGUCGCCUCAGGUGCCAGGUUCCAUGCUGAAGCAAAUGCCUCCCCCCACAGGCACUGUUGGGGGUGUAAGUGGUGUGGCAGGUGUUGGAGCGGGUGUUUUUCCUCCACAGCUGUCCCCCCAGCACAUUGCCAUGCUCAGCAGUAUAUAUCCACCUCACAUCCAGUUUCAGCUGGCUUGUCAGCUUAUUCUACAGCAGCAGCAGCAGCCACCCCAGCAGCAGCAGCAACAGCAUUUACUCCAAAACCAGAGAAAAUUCACACCAAAUGUCCGACCGCAGGCUGACCCUCAACAGCUGGCCCGGAUCAUGGCUGUGCUCCAGCAACAGAGGCAACAGCAGCAGGUGGGAGGUCUGGGAAGCAGCAACACUAAACUUUCACCUUCCCACCAUGGAGGAAUUGGUGCCAAACUCCCCGGUGCUGAUCCCCUCCCCAACCAAGGCAUGUCAGCUUCUAUAGCAGACCUGCAUCAGAAACACCCUGGACCAUAUUCCGGGUUCAAUUCUGGGAUGAACCUUUCAGGUCUGGACUUGGGUAGCUCUGCGGUUGGGGGCCCUGGUGGCAUGAAAGACUUCGGUGGGCAGCAGUCCCGCUUCAAGUGGAUGAUGGAAGGACAAUCUUCUCCGGAUCCUGUGUCAUCCGACAGCACAUUCCACAAAAAUGGACCCAUAACUCCUAUGAAGAUUCCAGGGGGCUCAGCUUAUUCGCAGUAUGACAUGAUGCCUGGAGAUGGACUGAAUAACAACUGGCAUCGAACCCCUGGCAACAAAUUGGGAUCCAAGCCAGCUGCCACUCCUAGUUGGCCCCCUGAGUUCCAGCCUGGAGUUCCGUGGAAGGGAAUUGACCGUGUUGACCCUGAAUCAGAUCCUUACAUGACUCCUGGAAGCAUGAUGGGAAAUGCAGUAUCCCCUAGCCUCAACGACAAUGAGCACCAGUUGUUGCAAGAUAAUUCUGAUUCCACCCCUCCCCUCAACACCUUACUGCCUUCACCUGGUGCCUGGCCCUACAGUGCCUCAGACAGUCCCCUUAACAACGCACAUAACUCUGCAAAGUACACAGAGUACAAAACGAGUUGGCCACCAGAGCCUAUCGGACACAAGUGGAAAGCCAAUCGCAGCAGCAAUCAGAGUCAGUUGUCCCGCCCACCACCUGGACUAGCCAGCCAAAAGCAGCCAUCGCCUUCGCCUUGGUCUGGAUCAGCUCCAAGAAUGCCUAGCAGAGGGUGGACCAGUGGUUCAAGCACGACCGGCUCGGCCUGGAGUGACGGUAGCGCCCUAGAAAGCUGCUGGUUGGUGCUCAGCAAUCUUACACCUCAGAUCGAUGGUUCCACCCUGCGAACCAUCUGCAUGCAGCACGGCCCCUUGUUGACCUUUCAUCUGGGUCUCACGCAGGGCACCGCUUUAAUUCGCUACAACUCCAAACAGGAAGCAGCCAAAGCUCAGAGCGCACUCCACAUGUGCGUUCUGGGUAACACCACUAUCUUGGCUGAAUUUGUCAGUGAGGAGGAUGUGGCUCGCUACAUUGCACAUUCCCAGGCUGGUGGCGGGGGAAGCGGAGGAGCCACUGCCACUUCCCCUGGGUCCGCACCAGCAGCCAGUACUGCAGUGGGGACAAAUGGUAACGGGGGAAACUGUGAUAGAGGUGGGAGUGGAGCAGUAGAAGGUUCUGUCGCUGCAGUAGCAGGAGGUGGCACUGGGCCUUCCAGCUCUGGCUGGCAGACUCUGGAUAGCACAGGCAGCUCAGUGGAUCAGUCUGCCCCCUCUGGACCUGGGCUGGGAAUCUUUGCCCAGUGGAGCAGCAAUGCGUCUGGAGUGGGCGGAGCUGCAGGCUCUGAAGCUGGCCGACAGGGUCUUUGGGGCGGAAUGAGUGGGGCAGGGUACCCCAGCAGUAGCCUCUGGGGUUCUCCAGCACUUGAGGAUCGUCAUCAGAUGGGCAGCCCUGCCUCGCUGCUGCCAGGAGACCUGCUGGGCGGAGGGGCCGACUCCAUCUGACUGACAAACACAUAUUACACCCAUGAUGCAUAUUUUCACGCAGAGAUUAUGUGAACUGAAGCGACACUGGUUUCCCAACAUGCAGACACUUGACACUCGUGUUCAAUGACUUUAAAUGAAGACAACAGCAAAACUUGAACCAGGAGAAAAAAGGUGAACUUCAUCAUAUUCUUUAAACUGGAUAGAUGUUUUUCUCCAAACCAGAGCAUCUCCACCCAGACCACAUCACUCAGGCAUGCACUGUAGAUGGGCUCGGUUUGAGUUCUCAAGUGAAGCCCUUGCUGUUCUUUGUGUGCCACAUGUAACGUCUCGUUGCUCUUCUUUCUGGUCACCUCUCUCAAUUCAGACUUGCUGACUGAGCCAUCUCUGACCAGACUGGCUAAAAACAACGUUUGGAGGCAGAAGAAAAGAUUUGUCCGUCAAUCAUUUGCAGAUAGCGAGACACUACCAACACAAAUCAUUAACUUUUUGAGAAAAAGAACAAUGUUUGAGUCGGUACUGGCACCUCUACCUUGGUGCAAAUAUGCCAUCAACAUGGAACCCAGGGUUAAAAAACAAAACAAAACAAAAAAACGAAGAAAAAAAACAACAACAACAUAAGCCAAACUUGCACUAUAUGCCUCUGGGUUUGUUGUUGACGUCCUCUGCAACGCCUCCAUUUUUUAACAGAGCUACAACUAUACAGACCUUCCAGGACAACUAAAUGUUACAGCAGUGGCCUUGGCUAACCCCCAGUGGUCGCCCAUCACCAUGUCAGCAGCAUCUUCAUCAGUUACUCAAUGCUCUUAUAUUUAACAAGCAAAAUUGUAUCCUAUUUGAUGUUCUCCAUUUGUUGGUUUGUUUGUUUCAAAAGAAAAAUGUGUGAACUGUUUUUUAACGCCCUUCAAACACUGACCUCGCUAUUGUGUUUUUUUUUCUCCAAGUUGGUUAUUAUAUAUUGUUAUGAUGUUUAAGACUGCGGUCACUUAUUUACUCGCUGUUCAAAGGUGCCCUCCUGCCUGCCUGUGUGUGCAUGAACAGAACAGUCUGAUCGAAUGGAAAAGGAUGAGAAGAAGCCGACAAUGAUGUCAGGAGUGUUUGUUAUUGCCUCAUUGUUGAAUGUGUUUUUUCUUUUUUUUUUUGUCCGUGAGAGAUUCAAAAGAUAUUGGAGUGCGUGUGUUAGCUUCACCUGCUUUGGUCAGGGAAGCUACAGCUUUUGACAGAGAUGUAUGUGUGUGCGCGCUACACCACCAGACGUUGUGAUAGUUUGCAGGUUCAAAAAAAUAAAGGCACUAUUGCAGGCGUCUCUUAAAUUGUCAUUUUUAGCAGCAUUUUGUCCCUGUUUGUUAUUCUUUCUUUCAUCAAAUGCAAUAAGAAAAAAUGUUUUUAAGCAAACAACUGAAGGCAUUUCUGUUAAAAUGCCAAAUCCUACCAUACCAAGUGGAGCUGGAACAGUGUUUUACAGACACGUUAAAGACAUUACUUGUUAGGUUUUACUGUGUUUUGUUGUCCCUUUGAUUCACAGUUUAAGUUAAUUCUUUAUUAUCACUCCAGUUGGGGAUGUUUUUUGUUGUUUAUUACAGGUGUUACAAAAAGGAGAGGAAAUUAAUUUAAUGUGGAAAAGAACAUGACAAUAAAGGUUGAAUUGAAAUC